ACCAUAUCAGCUCGGUGUUGACUGAUCCCAUGCUUCGUCUACCAUGUGGUGUCGUACUCAGUUUUUUCUUCAUGGAAGGAGCUGGAGCCUUUGCUCCUCUUCGAACAAUAUCCGUCCAGGCAACCUGGGAGAAGCUAGAGAGAGCUACAGACAUUCUAGAGUGCUUAGUCUCUAAGAUUGUCUGUCUCGUAACGGUUGAGAUUAGGUUUUGAGUGUUUUCUUUGAAGCUGUAUAGACUUUUAUUGGUUUUCGGCUUUCAGACUCAAAAAAGUGAU